AUAUUGAACUCGAGGAGAAAAGGAGCAAAAACAUAUUUUUUUUUUUGAAAAAUGUGGACGAUUUUUGGUUUAAUUAUAUUUUGGUGCCUACAUCUAGUUAGAUUAGAUGAUUUGUCAUGUUAUUUCAUGACUCAUAGUGAUGGUUACAAUUGUCACAUGAGAGGAAACUUUGAACAAAAUACGACUAUUACAUCCAUAAAUGGAGUUCAUAAUAAAUUGAAAAAUGACAGUCACGUUGAAGUUUUGUUCAUAGAAAGGACAUCACUUACAAAAUAUCUUCCAUUUGGAAUCUGUGCCUACUUUGACAAUUUAAUGGAACUUGAAUGCUUUGGAUCACAAGUAUUUGAAUUGACACGUGAAGUUUUUAAUGGCUGUACAAAACUAGAUUCAAUGACAAUCCAAAACUCUAAAUUUACAAGUUUACCAACGGAUGUAUUUAAUGAUCUAAACAUCCUUAGAACUUUAGAAAUUUCUUCAACAAAAUUAAGUGUCCUCCAAUCAGGAUUGUUUGAUAAAACUCAAAAUUUAUUAAAGCUUGACUUGCAGAAGAAUCAACUUGCAAUAAUUAAUGUAAUAUUUCCAACAAGUGUCAUUCGAAUUGACCUCAAAAACAAUUUGUGCAUCGAUAGCAAUUUCACAAGACCUGCUAAUAUUAUUUAUCAGAAAUGCAGUAACGAAUCAAUCUCAAUCGUUGACCCUACAACCGAAGAUCCAUCAGUAAGAAUUUUGAUUGACAAAUUAAAUGCCUCAAUUAUUUCAAACGAACUAGAAAUUAAAAAGCUAAUGAAUUUCACACUUAAAAAUAAUGAUAAUUACAAUAAUGGCAUUUUAAUGAGACUUAACAAAAGUCAAUUCUCUUUAGAAAACAUUCAAAAUUCAUCUUUAAUAGAACAACAAGCUGUCAACGACAAAGUUGAUAGUGAGUUGAGAAAAAUCAAUCAAGACCUUGUUGAUGCCAAAAGUGAGUUUGAAAAUAAAUACUCUUUUUCAGAAUCUGGAAGAAAUACAAAAGUUGAUAACAUAGAGAGAGAUCUUAAUAAGUUGAGCAUGGAAAAUGAAAGAAGAUUUUCAUGGAACGAGACAUUGAUUUAUAUGAUGAUCAUUUUAGUAAUUGUCAGUAUCCUCUUAUUCAUGAUCACUCUUAUAACUGUGAGAAGAGCAAAUCAAAAUAAUAUUAAUAAUUUUCUUUUAAGUAGCAUGGACACUGAUUGAGAUAAUUGUGAUUUUAAAGGAAAUAAAAAACAAGAAAAAUUUUUGUCCAAUCUCA